UUACGAAAAAUUGAACAUUUUUUCUCUAUUUAAUCAUAUAGUAUAGCAACAGGAGAUGUUUGAAAUAAGUUUUGCCUUUGGGUACUCCAUUGACAUAACUUAAGUUGGCUAUUAUUAUUGGGAACAUCACAUGAUCACUCAACUGAUCUAUGUGCAAAUCGUAUUGAUAUACACUUGCACCGCAAAAUAACCACAUGCAUGCCAUAUGAUUUCUGCAUCAACAAAAUCUACAAAAUAAAAGAGUUUAGAAAGAAAAUAAUUAAUUUUGUUACAAAAAAAAAGAAGAAAAUAAUUAAUAAAAAGGAAAAAAUUGAUUUAUUUGUUCUUUCAAAUAAAGUGUGAUUCUCUUGGAUCAUUAAAACUGAAAAUCAUGUGAUUAGUCCAAUGUGGCUAGACUUUUGUUGGAAUAUAGAAACGAAGUGAAUAUUAUAUAUACAAAUUACUUUUACAUAUUAUUAUUUAUUUUUUGUUCAUUAUGUAUUAUAAAAUAAUAAAUAUAUUGAAUAAUUGAAAAGCGAGUAACUAUUAUAUAUAUAAAUAAAUUAAAGUAAUCACAUAAACCAAAAAUAAUUUCUCUUGUUUAUUUACAAUAAUAUUUAUUCGUAAACCAAUAGAAACAAUAAUUUUAUUUAUUUUAUAUGUUAUAUAAUUAAAUUAAUUGAUAUUGACAUAGAGAUGUAGUAUAUUUAAAAUGUCUUUUUUUUUUGAAGCAUUCUGUUUACUUAGCUUUUUUUUUGUGUUGGUUUCUGCAGUUGCUUCUUGCUGUGAAGCAGUGCCAUGAGAAGGGUAUAUGUCAUGGUGAUAUCAAGUGCGAGAACGUUUUGGUCACUUCCUGGAACUGGCUUUACCUUGCUGACUUUGCGUCUUUCAAACCCACAUACAUUCCUUAUGAUGAUCCUUCAGACUUUUCCUUUUUCUAUGAUACAAGGGGACAAAGACUUUGUUAUCUGGCUCCAGAGGUACUAUAGAACCAUUAUCGAAAUUUUAUUCUUUUUAUUUUUCGAUGUAGAUCUGUCAUAUUGUUCUAUUUCACCUCUACUGAGAAUAUUAUUAUUGUGUGCUUAUUUCUUCUCUACCCCUGUUUCAGUAAGCCCUUUGUCCAUUGUGUUCUACGAUUGAAUUGUUUUCUGUAUAACUACUGAUAAAUGGUGGCAAAACCUUCAACAACAGACCAUCCUUUCUUGUUGGUCAUGUCUAUGUUCUUUUUUUCAUAUUUAAACAGAUUGUUGCUUAAUUACAGAGAUUCUAUGAGCAUGGAGGUGAGACCAAAGUUGCACAAGAUGCUCCAUUAAAGCCAUCCAUGGAUAUAUUUGCUGUGGGAUGUGUGAUAGCAGAGCUUUUUCUUGAGGGUCAGCCACUAUUUGAACUUGCUCAGCUUCUCGCUUAUCGCAGAGGACAACAUGAUCCUAGCCAACACCUUGAAAAGAUUCCUGAUCCGGGAAUACGCAAGAUGAUUCUUCAUAUGAUUCAGUUAGAACCCGAAGCACGCCUAUCAGCUGAAAACUACCUGCAAAAUUAUGUGGGAGUUAUUUUCCCAAACUACUUCUCACCAUUUCUGCACACUUUGUACUGUUGUUGGAAUACACUUCCUUCGGAUAUGAGGGUAGCAACUUGCCAGGGAAUAUUUCAAGAAAUACUUAAGAAGAUGAUGGAAAAUAAGCCAGGUGAUGAGAUGGGUGUUGAUUCUCCUUUACCUUCACAUCCAGUGAACGCAAGCAAGGUACAAGAAACUUUCCUGAGCCACCGUCAAUAUCUCGAGAUCUCCCGAGAAGUUAAACCAACCGAAAAGAAGACAAUUCCUGAGCCACCGUCAAUAUCGUUCUCGUCACUUCCACAUGAAAUCGCAGAGAACAUUCUUGCCCGUGUCUCCAGAUGGAAAUAUGCACGUCUUUCUCUCGUCUGCAAGAGCUUCCGCUCUCUCUUAUCUUCUACGGAAAUCUACAAGACUCGAUCUCAAAUCGGAGCCAAUGAAACAUGCGUCUAUAUCUGCUUAGAGCUGCCUGAUCAACCAUGUGCGAGAUGGUUUAGUCUGUGGACAAACCCUGAUAAAACACGAACCAAACGGACAGGCACGAAGACUAGGUUUAAGCGGGAUUCAAGUGGAAACUCGGUUCUUCAGAUACCUUUCUCUUCUUCCCCUUCUGCUCCCUUACCUUAUGACACACAAACAGUUGGUUCGGAAAUCUACAUAAUCGGUGGACCCCACAAGAAGCCGUCUUCAUCUGUCCGGAUCCUUGAUUGUAAGAGUCAAACUUGGCGUGAUGCACCUAACAUGACCGUGGCUAGGGAGAAUGCGGCCACAGCUUUAGUGGAUGAUAAAAUAUAUGUAGUGGGAGGUUGUAAUAUUGAUGCCUACUCUACCAACUGGAUUGAGGUAUUUGACAUAACGAGUCAGUCCUGGACAGCCUUGCCGGGUCCUGACUCUCUUGUGGACGACGAGUUACCCGAUGAUGACGACUAUUGUAAUAUAGUUAAUGUGUUUGAAGGAAAAAUUUACUUGACAAUAGAUGAAAAGGACUACACUUACGAUUCGAAAGAUGACACGUGGAAACUUGUAAAAGUGGAAACGAGUUUCCUUUCUUCCGUUAAGGUUUGGUGGGAGAUGGAGAAUGUAUUAUACUGUUGCACUGACUUGGGGUACUUAAUGUGGUCUGGAUGUGAGAUUGAGGGUAGAGAGUGGAGAGAGAUCAAGGGCUUGAAUAAAUUGCGUAAGCAUUUAAAAACUGGGAAUGAGAUUGAAAUGGUAAAAUAUGGUGCGAAGCUUUUAGUGAUGUGGCAUUCAUAUCCCGAUCUUUGCAUGGGAAACAAAAUUUGGUAUGCAAAGAUUUGUUUAGAAUCAAGAUGCAAUGGAGGUGAGGUGUGGGGUAAGGUUGAGUGUGUCGAUGUGCUUACCUUUCCUGUUGAAUCAUUUGCAAACUUUUAUUGUUUAACUGCUUCGGUUUGAGAUGGUAUGAGUUUGCGUUACGUGUUACAAGUCAAGUGAGCAUCAUCAUAAGCUUGAACCAUUUUAUGUAUUACUAUUUGUGUUUUCACGUUAAUUGACAUUACGUGUUUAAUUGGUGUUGCGAAUAUUACAGGAGAUGUUUGAAAUAGGUUUUGCCUUUGGGGGUACUCCAUUGACAUAAGUUGGCUAUUAUUAUUGGGAACAUCACAUAACCACUCAACUGAUCUAUGUGCAAAUCGUAUUGAUAUACACUUGCACCGCAAAAUAACCACAUGCCAUAUGAUUCCUGCAUCAACAAAAUCUACAAAAUAAAAGAGUUUAGAAAGAAAAUAAUUAAUAAAAAGGAAAAAAUUGAUUUAUUUGUUCUUUCUAAUAAAAUGUGAUUCUCUUGGAUCAUUAAAACUGAAAAUCAUGUGAUUAGUCCAAUGUGCUAGACUUUUGUUAGAAUAUAGAAAUGAAGACCCGCACCUUGCGCGGAAUGAAGAUGCGGAGUGAAUAUUAUAUAUAUAAAUUACUUUUACAUAUUAUUAUUUAUUUUUUGUUCAUUAUGUAUUAUGAAAUAAUAAAUAUAUAGAAUAAUUGAAAAGCGAGUAACUAUUAUAUAUAUAAAUAAAUUGAAGUAAUCACAUAAACCAAAAAUAAUUCCUCUUGUUUAUUUACAAUAAUUUUUAUUCGUAAACCAAUAAAAACAAUAAUUUUAUUUAUUUUAUAUGUUAUAUAAUUAAAUUAAUUGAUAUAUGACAUAGAGAUGUAGUAUAUUUAAAAUGGAUAUUUACUAAUAGGAGCUUUCUACUCA